AUGACCAGAUUGCGACUCGAGAGUUUCGAUGGCCCGUUAUUGCCCGCUCGCUGCCGUCCAUGGGCCUGCAAGAUCAGGCGCGCCGCGCUGGUCUGGCGCUUGCAGAGCCUGGCCUGGGGCGGAAUGGGGUCAAAAGACUGGAUCUACAAGUAUGAACAGUGCUACUUAGUGUUGACGAUGUCGCAAUACUCCACAGCCAGCGUCAGCGCAAGUACGACCAAAUCGCUGCCGUUACUGGCGCGAACCCAUCCUCUCUCUACGAAAACCGUUAUCGCAAUCUCCUGGGAACCCUCGGGUCUCAGUGUUCCCAACUGCGAUGCGUGUGUACAUGUAUGCGUCUUCUCUUGUGCGAGCUUGGAUCUCGAUAUCCCCAAGACCGUGCCCAGGACAGAUUGCGUGACGACAGGCGCCUUUACCGAAUUGGAGGACCUGGGGUCCUCCGGCUUCUUCGUCUACUGCUAA